AUCGGCACUUGAUUAGAAAGCCUAGGCUCCAAGCGGCCAUAGUAGUUGUGGGUAGAAUGCUCGAUGUCGAUCUGCUGGCUGAUUGCUGGAUAACAUUCAGAAAGAAGCCUUACAGUAUGUCUGAUAUAUGAAUUGAGGGUACUGGAAGUGGACUCAGAAGUUCCGCGCAGCAUAAAUAAUCUUCAUAUUUUCAGCAGCAAGCAUCAUGACCACCUGAUAUCUAAUUUCCUUAGUACCAGCUGUUGUGAGCAGAUUCUGCCCGGAGCCAUGUGAUCUUGUCAACAGAGUCUGACCCACUCCCAAACACUGACAAAGACUCUGGUACAGCAAUGACGGUGCUAGAGGAAAAACCUUUUGCUCAGCAGCUCUCGAAUGUCUACUUCACUAUCCUCGCCUUGUUCUGCUUCAAAUUAUUCGUGAAAAUAAGCCUUGCCAUACUCAGUCAUUUCUAUAUUGUAAAAGGCAAUCGGAAAGAGGCAGCACGGAUAGCAGCAGAGUUCUACACAGUUACUCAAGGACAAGGGUCAUGGGCAGAUCGAUCUCCACUGCAUGAAGCAGCAAGUCAGGGUCGUCUACUAGCUUUGAAAACAUUGCUCUCACAGGGUUAUAAUGUAAACACACUUACUAUUGAUCAUGUGACUCCACUUCAUGAAGCCUGCCUGGGAGAUCAUGUUGGAUGUGCAAGGACCCUUUUAGAAGCUGGAGCAAAUGUGAAUGCCACAACAAUUGAUGGAGUGACUCCUUUAUUUAAUGCAUGCUCAAGAGGCAGCGCUAGUUGUGUGGAACUUCUUUUGGAGUAUGGUGCAAAAACACAGUUGGAAAUAUGUCUUCCUUCACCGAUACACGAAGCAUCAAAUAAAGGGCACAGUGAAUGCUUAGAUGUCCUGAUUUCCUGGGGUAUAGAUGUGGACCAAGACAUUCCUCAUUUAGGAACUCCUCUUUACGUUGCUUGUAAAGGCCAACAGAUCAGCUGUGUACGAAAGCUGUUAUAUGCAGGUGCUAAUGUCCAGCAAGGUAGACAUUUAGACACCCCAUUACAUGCUGCUGCUCAGCAGUCCAAUACAGACAUUGUUAACUUAUUAUUGGACUUUGGUGCUGAUAUAAAUGCCAAAAAUAUAGACUUUAAACGUCCAGUUGAUGUUGCUCCUGCAAGAAGCUUGGUGGAAAGGCACUUGCUGAUGUAUGAAGCUACUCCACGUUCACUCUGUCUGCUGUGCAGAUUAUGUAUCCGAAACUGCAUAGGAAGAUCCAGAUUUCAUCUUAUUCCACAGCUCCAGCUUCCAACAGUACUAAAAGAUUUCUUACAGUAUCGAGAAAGUAUAAGAAACUUUUAAUCAUUUGUAUGUAUAUAAAUAUAUAUAUUUGACAAACUGUAAAAGAUAGUCUAUAGCCAGCUAUCCUAAUAAUCACAUUUACAAAUGUACAUUCAGAGAUACUAUAAUGCACUUACAGAAGUUAAAUAAAAUAAAUACAUAAAUAAAUAAAAAUGCCUAAUCAAAGUAAUUAUUAUAUCUAAUGUUAUAUUCACCAUUUUAUAUCAGCAAUUCCUUUGUUAAAUAUGUGAGUGGAUCUUUGCCAUUGUGAAAAAAGCAAAUGCAUUGCUCCCCCAAAAGGGGGUUGAAAUCCCCAAAGAGUAAGUAAUUUUCAAUAAAAGACACAUUUGCUUCAAUAAAAACUAUAAAGCUACAGUA